AUGACACGCAGAGAUUUUUUCCUCAGAUUCGCCCUGAUCCUGCUGCUCUUCCUCUGCGGAAUCGUCUACAACAAUCUGAUCGGCAACGCUCGUCGACCGUCGACCGUGAAAUACGCGCCAAAGUAUCGCGGCAACUUCGUCCUCGGUGAUUUCGCAUCGAAAAAACGAUGGCAGGUCGACGCGAAGAUACUCAAAGACAACAGAGCGAUGCUCGAUCGGAUAGCGCAAACCUGUCGGGAAAACAAUCUGACCGAGACAACGACGACGAUCGCGACGAGGAGACACUUCCUCUACAGCUCGGCUAAUCGAGCCCUCUGCUGCUGGAUAAGAAAGGCCGGCUCGACGAGCUUCACCAAGCUCUUCUCCGAGCUGAACAAUCGCUGGAUCACGGGCGACAAUUAUUACCGCGAGCUGAAUCACAUAACGCCGCGCAGCGACUCGCAGCUGGUCGAUCUGCUCGGCAGCCGUGGGACCUUUAAAUUGCUCGUCGUCAGGCAUCCCUUCGAGCGUCUGGUCUCGGCCUACAGAGACCGAAUCGAGGAUAACACGAGAUACACGGCGCAGGCGUGGAUCUACGUGCCGAAGAUAUUCCACUUGACGAGGCCGGAAAUAUUCGAGUCUCCAGGGACCGUCGAUCUGUCGCUGAGCAGGAUGUUUCACGACGACAGAAGACUCAAACUCGUACCGACGUUCGGUGAAUUCGUCGACUGGCUGCUGCAGCAAGACCCCGCCAAGGACGACCAUCACUGGAACCAGUAUCACAGGCACUGCUCGCUGUGCUCGGUGCGCUACGAUUACGUGCUCAAGCUCGACAAUCAGACCCGCGAGGCUCUGGACUACGUCUAUCGUCGUAUGAACGUCCGCGACGUGGCCGGGGUCAGACUCGGCCGGCUCGAGAGCACGAGAAGCGGCCCCACCGACUUCGAGCGCACCUGCGCCUACUUCAAGAAUCUGACGCAUCGGGCGGUCGUCAGCCUGUACGACAGGUAUCGCGUGGACUUCGACAUGUUUGAUUACGACUUCGAUCGGUACUUCGAGUGCACCGAGGGCGAUUGA